AUGAGCGGUGGUGUCUACGGCGGUGACGAGGUAGGUGCUAUCAUCUUCGACGUCGGACACCAAAACCUCCGCGUGGGAUAUGGCGGCGAGGACACGCCGAAGGCCGAGAUCCCGACGACUCUCGGGGUGUGGGAGGAAACCGCAGACCCCGCCGGGAUCGACUGUAACAACGUCACCAGGAAGCACUACAACAUCGACGUCACGGCUAUCCAAGUACGAAAGAAGGAUAUGGAGAUAGUGAGCCUAAUGAAGGACGGCAUGAUCGAAGACUGGGAUAUGUUCGAGCGGCUGACCGAGUACACGUACAAGCAACGAUUGCACGCCUUAGCCGAGCACCAUCCGAUCCUGAUGACCGAGUGUCCUUGGAACACCAGAUUGAAGCGUGAAAAGUUGCUGGAGCUGAUGUUCGAGAAGUUCAACGUGCCGGCCAUGUACAUCUGUAAGAACGCCGUGCUGGCGGCUUAUGCGAACGGCAGGUCCACGGCGAUGGUCGUGGACAGCGGUGCCACGCACACCAGCGCGGUGCCGGUUCAUGACGGUUACGUUAUUACCCAGGGGAUCGUCAAGAGCCCGUUGGGCGGCGACUUCAUCACUAUGCAAUGCAGACAGUUCUUCGAGGAGAAGGAUAUCGAGCUGGUGCCCGCCUGUCUCGUCGCUAGCAAAGAUGUUGUGCGAGAGAGAGACCCGCCUCGUUGGACGAAACGAGGCGGACCGCAGCCAACUUCGUCUUGGCUAAGUUACAUGGUUCGAGAGUUGUUGCAAGACUUCCAGAUGAAUUGCUUGCAAGUAUCGGAUAGCCCCUACGACGAAGAUGUGGCGAACACUUUGCCUAUGAAGCACUAUGAAUUUCCAACCGGCUACAACGACGACUUUGGGUCUGUGAGGCUUAUGAUACCCGAAGCUCUCUUUGACCCCAGCAACGUUAAGGGUGUGGGCGCGAGUAUCUUGGGAGUUGGUCCUCUAGUCACCACCAGUGUCGGAAUGUGCGACAUGGACAUCAGACCAAGUCUCUAUGGAAGUGUAGUAGUGACCGGUGGCAAUUCCUGUCUUCAAGGAUUCAGCGAGAGACUGAAUCGGGAUCUGGCCAGUAAAACGCCGCCAAGCAUGAGACUGAAAAUAAUUAGCGCAAACAGCUCGAGUGAGCGACGUUAUGGUGCCUGGAUUGGCGGCUCGAUCCUCAGCUCUUUGGGCUCGUUUCAACAAAUGUGGCUGUCUCGUCAAGAGUACGAGGAAUCCGGCAAACUCAUUUUAGAAAGAUGUGCGUAAUUCGCAGACAAAUUCGAAAAUCGCAAUAUAAAAAACGAAUACUAAGUUAAAUAAAUUUAUUAUUUUUCAGCUUUAGUUAAUCGCUCUUCAAA